AUGGGGGAGCACAGCGGGAUCAGCCCCGGGAAUGGGGGAGCACAGCGGGAUCAGCCCCGGGAAUGGGGGAGCACAGCGGGAUCAGCCCCGGGAAUGGGGGAGCACAGCGGGAUCAGCCCCGGGAAUGGGGGAGCACAGCGGGAUCAGCCCCGGGAAUGGGGGAGCACAGCGGGAUCAGCCCCGGGAAUGGGGGAGCACAGCGGGAUCAGCCCCGGGAAUGGGGGAGCACAGCGGGAUCAGCCCCGGGAAUGGGGGAGCACAGCGGGAUCAGCCCCGGGAAUGGGGGAGCACAGCGGGAUCAGCCCCGGGAAUGGGGGAGCACAGCGGGAUCAGCCCCGGGAAUGGGGGAGCACAGCGGGAUCAGCCCCGGGAAUGGGGGAGCACAGCGGGAUCAGCCCCGGGAAUGGGGGAGCACAGCGGGAUCAGCCCCGGGAAUGGGGGAGCACAGCGGGAUCAGCCCCGGGAAUGGGGGAGCACAGCGGGAUCAGCCCCGGGAAUGGGGGAGCACAGCGGGAUCAGCCCCGGGAAUGGGGGAGCACAGCGGGAUCAGCCCCGGGAAUGGGGGAGCACAGCGGGAUCAGCCCCGGGAAUGGGGGAGCACAGCGGGAUCAGCCCCGGGAAUGGGGGAGCACAGCGGGAUCAGCCCCGGGAAUGGGGGAGCACAGCGGGAUCAGCCCCGGGAAUGGGGGAGCACAGCGGGAUCAGCCCCGGGAAUGGGGGAGCACAGCGGGAUCAGCCCCGGGAAUGGGGGAGCACAGCGGGAUCAGCCCCGGGAAUGGGGGAGCACAGCGGGAUCAGCCCCGGGAAUGGGGGAGCACAGACAUCCGCACCCGCCUCCCUGCGCCCCGCACGUCUGCGCCUCUGCCCCUGGACACCUCCCCUGCCCCCUGUUUUGGGGGUGCUGUGCUUUCCCCUACCGGGAUCCUUUCCCAAAGGCCAUCCCAGGCUUUGUGUGUGUGUGUUUUGGGGGUGCUGUGCCUUCCCUUCUCCGGGUCCUUUCCCAAAGGCCAUCCCAGGCCUUGUGUGUGUGUGUUUUGGGGGUGCUGUGCUUUCCCCUACCGGGAUCUUUUCCCAAAGGCCAUCCCAGGCGCUUUGUGUGUGUGUGUGUUUUGGGGGAGCCGUGCCUUCCCCUCCCGGCCCUUUUCCCGAGGCUUAUAUCAGCCCAUCCCAGCCCAUCAGACCCCAGCCGAUCCCAGCGGAUCCCAUCCCAUCCCAUUAUCCCAUUAUCCCAUCCCAUCCCGGCUCCCGGGGCUCAGCCGCUGCCUUGCCCCCAGGCUCCCGCUGCUCGCCGCCGCUCGCCAGCUCGCCCAGGACAUCGCCGAGAGGAUCCAGGAGCGGAACCGCUGCCAGCGGAGCGGGGAGAGCUCGGCCAAGGUCAACGUGGCCAUCAGGGCCUCUCUGCAGAGCCUCGGGGAGAAGAUCGAGCAGCUGAGGGAGCUGCUGCUGCGGGCGGUGUCCACGCGCCAGAUCACGCAGCUGGAGGGGGACAGGAGGCAGAAUUUGGUGGAUGAUCUCCUGACACGGCACAGACAGCUGGAGGCAUCCUACAGGAAUGAAGGCCCGGAGCCAGACAUGAGCAGGUCCAGCCUCAUGGCAGGAGGGGCCAAACGAGGCGUCACCAACCCCUGGCUCUUGGAAGAGUCGGAGGAGACCAGAGGACUUGGCUUUGAUGAGCUCAGGCAGCAGCAGAGAAGGAUCAUUGAAGAGCAAGAUGCUGGGCUGGAUGCUCUUUCUUCAAUCAUAUCCCGUCAGAAACAAAUGGGGCAGGAAAUUGGGAACGAGCUGGAUGAGCAGAACGAGAUCAUCGACGACCUCACGAACCUGGUGGAGAACACGGACGACCGGCUGCGCAACCAGACACGGCACGUGAGGAUGGUGGACAAGAAAUCAACGUCCUGCGGGAUGCUGGUGGUGAUCGUGCUGCUGCUCAUCGCCAUCGCCGUGGUCGCGCUCUGGCCCACAGGGUAACCCCGACCCCGCCGGGCAGCUGCUCCAGGGGAGCACCAGGGCUCCAGGGAGGGACCCGCUGUGAGCAGGGACCCUCUGUGCUGGGAAUGAACUCACUGCAUCCUUGGGAAUGAACUGCACGGCUGGCAAUGAGCUCCACAGCAGCAGGCUGCAGCAGCGUCCAGCAGACACCCGCUCUCCUUGCAGCGCGGCUGAGGAGCUCGGUGGGACCUGGAGGAUCUCAGAGGGAAAAGAGGAUUUUGUCCCAUUCUUCCCACCUCCCUCUGGCAUUCAGGCAGCUGCAGCUGUAGGAUGGAGCCACCUCUCCUGCAUCUGCAUCUGGGGACACGCUGGUGCUGCUGCCCUGCCCAUCUUCCCUGGCUCAGACAUCCCAGGGGCUUCAAACACCAAAAUCCAGGAAUGGUUUGGAGAACAGCAAUGUUCCCCUGCUUCAGGAUCCCUCCCUCAGAGAGAAAAUGCUCCAUGGUUUUCAAGGAAUAGUCUUGGGGAAUGACUGCAUCUGGAUUCUCAGAGGUUGGGAAGCGACAGCGCUGCAGGACCCCCGUGGGCUGCACGGAAUCGCUGGUGACUGAGGCAGUGCUCAGCCCUUGGGGGGAGGUAUUGGUGGGUUAUUGAUCCCCAGGGAUAGUUAUUGGUCUCCAGGGAAGGAGUCAUUGGUGAGUUACUGAUCUCCAGGGAUGGGAGUUAAGCAGCAGCAGGACUCAGCCCAGCCUGUGGGAGUGGAGAGCUUUGCCCUCAGUGCUCCCAGGGGCUCUGCCAGCCUGGCUUGGGACAUGCACCAGAUUUAACGUCCUCACCGAGCUCUGUCUCUUCCUUUGACAGCUUCUCACACCCUUCUACAGCUGAGAGGAAAGAUUCUCUGUUUCAAAACUAAUGAAAAGGAAGUAUUAAAUGUUUGCUUCUGGCCAAGAGAAUAAUUAUUUUGUUACACAUGCCAGUUUGAUUUCAGGAUUAAUAGAGCAAGCAAUAAAUACUGAUUAA